CCUCUUGUACCGGCGGUCCAGGCCUUGAUAAGCGACCACCUUCGAGAAUCGACCCCACAUCGAAGCAUUCGGGACUUGUUGGUUAAAAUGCACGGCGUUGAUCCGUGUUAUUCUUAAUUAACGUUAACGUUAAAUUCUCAUCGACAUCAUGUACUACACAUACUUGGCUCGCCGAAAGUCCCUUGCUAUUUGGGUUGGUCUGCAGACGAGCCUUGCUAGUUUCGUAUAUUAUCGGUACCGGACACCUAAAAGUCUGACCGACUCUUCCCUUUCAUCAAGAUUGGAGCAGCUUAAAGCUGUACCCAUGACGCACUAAUCUGCACGUCGACAUCAUCGGGAUGUUUUAAUCCUUACUAUCACUUUGACUCCGGGAGAUCAAUAUGACUCGGGAGGUAUGACAAGAAUGGACUAAUUUAUUUUAUUGUACUUGCAAUGGUGUAUAUACGUAUGAAUACGUACGUUUAGGAUGGCGGAUAAUUCGAAAGCAUA